AUGUCUAGUUCAGCCGUGACGCCGACGAUGCGCACCCUUGGCUGGAACAUUGAGCUCCUGGCGACGCGCGGGGACAUUCUUCUUGCCGGCACGUUUCAACCUGACCAAAAUGCAUUCAUGACUUUCCGCGACAUCGUGGAUGAGAUGCGAUUGUGUUUCAAGAUACCGCACGACGAAUUGGACUCUAUUAGCUGUACCAAUUCUGCAGAUAUCUGGGAUGAUGUCGCUUUUGGCGUGGUGGGCUUGAUAAACAUAUCCGACGACCACCAUCCUAUCCCGACCUUUGUACAUAGCAAUAAUCUUGAUCGCCCAGUCCCAGCCAUUCCGCAAGGGACAUCGCAGAUGCCAGACGAUCGGCCAGUAAUUCAAUACCGUGUUUUUAUCCACCGGGAGUGCACCCUGUCGACUGACCACCCAGUGGACGCUCAUUUCAUUGCUGGCUGCGCACAGCACAUUCCCAAGCCAGUCCGCCGCGUAGAACCACGCUACCUGCCGCCGAAGAAGCCCUCCGCUGACCCACGAUUCGCUGCAUACCCGCUUCGAAAGACAGCACGCGCACGGAAAGGCUCUCGAUCACCCUCGAAACGAUCGGCAUCUGGUUCUGUAUCCCCGAGUAAGGACUCGGAGAUCGGCCAGCCUUCGAUCGAUGAAGACGAUCUCCCCGACAUGGUUACGCCUCCCCAAGAAAACAUCCAGGCCGAACGAGCCAAACGCGUCAUUGCCAGAUUCCGAGAUUCAUGUCUCGCGUCAGCUCGCCAGUGUGCGGUCUCGGGCAUGGGGCGGUCAUGGUACGCCAAUCCGACUAUCGGUCCUGCUUUACACGCAUGCCAUAUUGUCCCGCAGCAACAUUACCAUUUAUAUCCUGACCCGGAAGCUGUUGACGGCGAAGUACAACCUCAGAGCGCAGUUUCCAGUAACCGUCGCUUGAUGCAGGCCUGGGAAAAUACAUGGGAUCCUGCCAAUGGGAUUCUUCUCUUAAGCCACCUUCAUGAACUCUUUGAUGCGCGGCUCUUUUCCAUACACCCCAAAACCCUGCAGAUCCGAGUUUUCAUGCCAUACGAUGUCCUUCUUGGGUAUCAUGGGGCUGUCGCCAAAGUGCCUAGGUCUGUAGAUCGGGCUGCCCUGCGGCAUCACUACGAGAUGUGCUGUAUUGAGAACAUGGCUGCCAAGAUGGCGUAUGUAGAGCCAAUGCCGUGGUCAGAGAGUGUAACGAUAUCUGGCCAGGAUACACCACCUGAUCUACAAACCAAGCUGGCUAAACUAUCAAGUCUAACUGUGUUGGAGUCACGUUCGGUGUCAAGAAACCCAGACAGUCAUGCCGGUCAACAUACUUCCGGUGAUCCAUCGAAGCGGGCUCGAGAUACUCAGUCUCGGGAAGAGCAGCACAACUCUGAGUCAAUAGAUGGUUCAUUGUCAAACGUCGAUAGCUUACCUUCCUCUCCGCGAGGUAGAUCAAGGUCAAAGACGGACGACUGGGAACUGCACAAAGUCGAAGCACUUUGCUCUGAUCGGGCACGCAAACGUAAACGAUCGUGCUCUGUGGACGAGCCUUUUAUCGUCCAAUAUGAUCGAUAUAUGACACCUGUUAAUGCGGAGGGAUUUAUAGGUGAUGUUAGCUGGGAGUUGUUCAAGAUUGCGAGACGUUCGUAUCAGAACGAAAGGCCUAGAGGGUGA